AGUGAAUAAGAAAUUCCUCCUGUUGCAGCCGUGGAUUAGGGAAACCGAACCACGUUAAAUUCUUGUGUGUCGUUUGUGUUCCGUUUUCUCUCGUUUCUCGCAGAUAUUUGUGUGUGUUGUGUGUUUAAUUCCCAACAAGUGGUAUCAGAGACUAACUAAUUGUACAACACGAGAACACAAAUUGUGAGAAAAUUUGUCGCCUAGGUUUGCAGAUCUGCGCCGCUGUGAAGGAGAUUACUGCCGCUGGUUCGAGCAGAGGUGGACCGGAGCAGCGAAGGAGCUGCCGCCAGGUUGAGGAGCCGUCGCGAAGCCACGCCGUUUCAGAUCGCGCCGCCGCUGUCAGAUCAGAUCGUCGCCGCUGGGUCUUUCCACCGUCGCCGCGAGGAUCGCCGCCGCCGUUUGCGUACAGACCGCCGCACACAGGAGCAGCGGCAGAAGGAGCCGCCGCCGCGUGGAGGUGCUGCCGCCCUCCGUCUCGCCGUCAGCCGCGUGCAGUGGAGCAACUGCUAAUCCGUCCAGGCGCCACCGCAGAGGAGUCGCCACCAAACGCCGUCGCCGUCGAACCAGAUCUCCAUCCGCGUGCAGUAAGCCGCGUCGAGCGGGGAGCGCAGCCGCCGUCCAGAACGCAUCACCGUUGGAUAGGCUGUGCAGAAGGCAGUCCAGCCGCCAAAUUCCAAAGCCAUCGCCGCCGCCGCCCUAAUUGAAUCGAAGAAGAAAACAAUAAAAAGGGGGUUGGGCCGUGUCUGUCAGCCCAUUUUUUGGGGUUUGUUUUUCCUUUUUUUUUGUGGCAGAUUCGAGAUCUCGUUCUUGGUGAGGAUGUCAGAAGAAAGAGUUCGGGGGAGUCAUCUGGUGAAUUGCUUCAUGUUGGUAGAGGCAGAAAAAAUAACAGAGGAGGUGGGGCAUUAUAGGAAUCAAUGCCCGAAUGACAAGAAAGUGAACAUUGCUGAAGGCUCCGCGAGUGAUGAAGAGGUCCUUCUUACUUGUUGUGCGGAGAGCAAUGUGGAUUCCUGGGUCAUGGAUUCUGGUGCUUCAUUUCAUGCUACCCACAGCGAUGAAGUAUUACAGAAUCUGGUUGUUAGAGACUUUGGAAAGGUACGACUAGCAGACGAUAGAGCUCUUGAGGUGACGGGCAUGGGUGACAUGGUGUUGAAGACCUCAGUCGGUCUUUGGACUUUGAAGGAUGUCAGAGUGGUUCCAGCCUUGAAGAAAAGUUUGAUUUCUGUCAGGCAGUUGGACGAACAGGGACACGAGGUGAAGUUCAGAGAUGGACAGUGGAAGGUCGUGAAGGGGAAUCUUGUCAUGGCCCGUGGAAAGAAAAGAGGUUCGCUGUAUAUGGUCGAGUUACCAUCUGAGGGAGUGACCGUCCCAGUUCAGAAGAGAAACAAAGUCCGGUUCACAGAGUCUCGUGGGCAGAAUAAGGUUGUCUGUGCAAGAGAGAAACCUAGAGCCACAGGUCAGACUCAGGAUGAACGAGCGAGGAAAGGUUCAAGGGGGCAGUCAGAGGUAUGUGUGGCAGUGGGAGCUCAAGAGGCGCUUCAGCCAAGUUGCCUAAAAGACAGUGGGUCAGGAGAACCAGUAUUCCAGCUGUUGGAACAUCUCCAGAAAAUUUCUUGCUGAGUACGGAGAGUGUUUGUUCUCAAGAUGUUCCAGGAUCCGGCGGUGUGCAUCUGCAGUGGGAGCCGGUAGGGACCGAGGACGAGUCAGGGGCAGAUUUUGUCAUGACUGAUGUGUUGGAGCUUGGGAGAGCUUCAACGG